GCCGCGAGUGUCAGCCGCGCCAUGCCGGGUUCCGCGCGGGACCGUGACGUGUUCUCGCGGCACUCGUCCCGCGCCUCCGUGGACGUGGCGUGCCCCGGGGGCUCGUCCCGCGACCACUCGUUCCGCUCGUCACACUCGGGCCGCGUGCCCCGCGCCGCCAGUGACGACCUGGUAGUGCCGGCGCGCACGCUGCGCUCGUCGUCGUGUCGCGCCGCCCCCGGAGCGCCUCAUCGCCUUCGCCGACACCAUUCUUCAGCCGCAGAGUGCGAACGUGCGCGAAGGUCUCGCCGACACACCCUCGAGCUGCCGACCAGCCGCGGGCCUAGCGUGAGGAGUCGGUCUCCGGAGCCCCAGCCGCCCCCGCAACCGGUGGAGCCGCCACCGGAGCGCAGCGCCAAGGAGGUCCGGCGACGACGGGUGGUGGUGGUGGUGGCGGCGUCGUUCUCCGCGCUGGCUCUGGCCGCCGUUCUGGUGGUGGUGGUGACCCUCACCCACAGCUCGGUGCUCCGCGCCCACAACCAAACAGCCAAUUCGGCAGGAGAACGAACGCUUGAUACACGACGCGCUCCAGGAGGCAAUCGUCAAUCGCACCCAGUCGUCGGAGGGAUCGCGCUGACCCCGCGCUACUCGCCGCGACCAAGGCUUGACCACAUCCGACCGGCGGCUGCGCCUCCCGAAAACCCUGAACCUCCAGACGACACCGCUACCAUCGCCACACCCUCUCACACUCCACUGAGCUCUUCGGCAAGCCCAGUAUGAUUGAUGAUUCCAUUGACCGCGACGCACAAGUGAUUGUCUUGUGGCAACUUUUGUAGACGUUUGAGUGAACUUAUUGUGAAUUCGUGAGUCACUACUCAAUGUUGUGCGUACAAAGAGUACGCGAUAGAUGUUUAGGAUAUGAUGUUAUGAGCCGUCAAUAUUGUAGUAAAUGUGUUGGAUGUAUAGUAAUGGAGUUGUAAUGACAUUGAGUGUUGUGUUACUGUAUUUGAUUUUACUUCUAUUUGCGACUCGUCAAACUGAACAAUUAUUACAAUAAAUAUAUUGGUAUAUAAUAUAAAUAUGUUGUUUGGAGAUUUUUAUCGUUCAAUUAAAUAUGGUCGUAUUAAUUAUACCUAAAAUUGUACAAUCUCCUGCUAUUCUUCUAUAUAAUAUUAUUGUAAAGACGAAAUUAAUUUGCCUAAUUUUCUAACUUCUUACGUUUUAAAAUGGAUAUAUGACUUAUAAAAAGGAAUGUUAGGGGUCAAAUUUUUAUCAGUAGACUUUACAAACUAUAACAUUGUUACGUUUUAAAUAGAGAUCCUUGAAAUUAAACCUGAAGAUGCCUUUUAUUCAUAAAACAGUAAUUUAAUAUGUACACAUAAAAUGCACAAUACACCAUAUUAUUACGAAAUGAUAUAUUUUACGAUUAAAACUAUAACAUUUAUACCUAAUUCGUAUAUUAUAAAUUUUGAAUUAAUAAAUCAUUGUUUUUUGACAAAUAUUAAAUUGUUUAGUAAUCAUGACAUUAUUUUACCUUCCAUAAAAGUGAUUCCAUCGUAAAUGUUAUAUGGACGUACUUAGUAGUAGGUAGUCGUUUGUCAAUGCAACAAUUUGUUUCAGAUAUUUUUAAAAUACAUCAACGAGCUGACUUUUUUCCAAAUUCACUUCUUCUUCACAUUCUUUUGUUUGAUUUCUACAAUAUUUAUAAAGAAACUUGAUAUUCUCUACUAUCAGAUCUCUUUUAUAGAUCACAAACUCCAUUACACCGGUAACAUCUAUGACUGUUGCCCUAUCAUUCAUAAGACAAUCCUUCCAAGCGAUAUAAUAUAAUGUAAUAUUUGAUGCAUCAUACUUUAUUAUACUUUUAAAUCUAUCAAUACUGCCUUUGUGUUCUUUUCAGUUCUAGAUAAAAUAAUAUGGAAAGUAAAUUUAUGUGAACUACUUCUUUUUUGGUUUAAUAUCUGUCCAUUAAAUAUAUAAAUAUUCAAUUUGUUAUUUGCGUCUUGUAAAGGAGAGCAGAAUAUUCAUCAUUAGCAUUAUCAUGAGCCGGAAGACGUCCAAUGCUGGACAACGGCUGCCCCUAAAGAUCUCCAUGAAAAUCGGUCCUGCGAUGCCCUCAUACAAAGUAUUCCGGCGAUCUUAAACCGAUCGGCGUUCUGUGUUGUGAGGGGCCUAGCAACACUGCGUCUUGCUAAACCUUUUUCGGAAUCAGGCUUGUUCGGGGGGGCUCGAAGUCGUUGAGACGCUCCGCACAUCACAAUUUGUGAUAGCCCUACUUUACUGGGUGUAUCUAUUAAAUAAAUAGAAUAAACCCUAGAAAACAGCUUAUAUACAUACCUUAGAAAUGUUGUAUCAACCUUUUUGAAGAACAGCACCACUAUACUUCUGUGCCAUGCUUGGGCGUUUUGCCCUAGAGGAUGACGGAAUUGAAUAACUUCUGGAGGAUCCUAAGCACAGGAGUACCAUCAGCUCUCAGAAGCUCGGCAGUAAUUCCAUCAUCCUGAUUGUUUCUGAGCUGUUUUAGGGCCAUACUAAUCUCGUACAGGCUGACGUGUGGUAUAUCUUUGGUAUAGUGUUGGGUUAAUUUGGCUCUUGGGUCUUCAGCCGUGUUGGUAACAGGUGCCCGUGCAGUCGUGUAUAACUGUCCUUAUGAACUUUUGAGGGUCGUCGACUAGUUAUCUUCACACGACCCUAAAAAUUCAAGCUCCCUCAGUUGGUUCUGCCCAAUAGACCAAUCUCCUGCGAAUACUUUGGAGGCUUUGUUACGCUCUAGAUAUAUAUGUUAGUAGAAUGCUCGCUGCUAUUAUGUGGCACCUGAGUGUCCCCAUACUGCGGGUGAUUGCACUUUGUUUUGGUCAACAUCAACCGAUACUAUCAACUCAAUGAACUAUAUUGUAAUGUUCAGUAUUAGAAACGCUUAUAAAAACAUUAAAUUCUUAUUUUAUUUUUUAGAAACUCCUUAUAGAAGAAUCUAAAUACAUAUUAUAUCAUAUUUCUAAAAUCGUUAUUAUUUCGACUCUUAUCUCCAAGCCAUAUAAUAUUUUCAUAUGAACUACAUAAAUACAGUUUUUAAAUGUGUUACCAAUACCAUACAUAUAUUAUUAUACAUUUAAAUGAAUUUAACUGUUUGGUAUCUUUGUAAAAGCGAAUAUUGUAAUUGUUUAAAAGAUAAAUGAAUUGUUAUAUAUAUGUUGCUUAUAUAAUUAUGUCUAUCUAAAAUGUAUAUUGUUGUUAAGUUGCCUUUUGUAAACUAUUAUUAUCUAUACACAUUCUAUGUUGUAGGGAUAUCGAGAGCUUUAGCAUUUGUAUUAGGGAAUAAAGAAUGAAAUUGCC